UUGAUGUUCAACGAUUUUUAACUGAAGGCUUGGCAGAAUGUCUCCAUUUAAAAUUCAUGGAGAUUGAGUCAGCAUUCCAGCAGAAUCAACUCCAGAUGUUAACCCUUAAUGAUAAUUUCAUCAAAUUGAAGACUGUGCUAGGAGAUGAUUGAGACUUUGAGUCCAUCGAAGUAGAUUCCAUCUUUGAAUUCACUACAAGUGUUCUAGAAGAUAUUAACAACAAGAUGCUUAUCCAUAGAUCAAAAACUCAGAGAUUACAUAAAGAGAUUCUCGGUAGUGAUAAUCGUGAAGAAAUUGAUGAAAUUGCUAAUGAUGAUAUGACAGCUUCUCUAAAGAACUCAUCUCCUGAUAAGAUUGAUGAUACCAAAAAUAAUUAUGAUACAUCUGAUUUUAAGUCAAACAAUGCAACUACAGAGAACGAAGGAACUUAUGAAAUAAUAAAUACAAAUAAGUUUGAACAAGAAAUUGAAUCCAAUCAGUUCAAGUCAUUGAAAAAUAGCAAUAUUGGCUCUAAGAGUGAGAACUCUCUCACAAAACAAAAAGAUUAUAAAAGUUUACCCUCGAAAUCUGUAAAAGAACCAAAUGAACUCAAGGAAUGAGAAAAUGGAAAAGAAGUCAGAACUUCAGAAGAAGAUAUACAUUCAGCUAAAAAGGAACAAACUGAAGAGACUAAAGAAGAAAAGAAGGAGAAGCUAGCUUAUAAGACUAAAGAAGAAAGAAAUAAAAAGUUGAAAGAAUCGAGAGGGAAAAGAAAUAAAGACUCAGCAAGUUCGGAAGAAAUAUCCCAUAAAAGAAAGUCUAAUGCGAAAAUAUCUGGUGCAAAUCAUAGCUCAGUUUCAAGAUCUAGUAAUGUUCCAAGAAAAGAAGAGACUAAGAAGCAUAAAGGCAAAACCCCUAGUUUUGGAAAUUCCAAUGCUCCUUUAUUCUUGAAUAACUUUCAAGUUGAUGGAGAAGUAGAUAUUCCUCCAGAAACAAUUAUUCAUUCCGCUAGAGGAGAAGGUACACAAUUGGAUAAAAGAAAUACACCUGAAAACCCAAGUGAAGAUCUUACUGACAAGUUCAAAGCUCCUAUUUUGAGCCACAGGGAAAUGAAAUAAAUCUGGAUCGAAAAAGCCAGUCAGACCAGUGCACAGACAGAGAAAUCUUACCAAUAAGACAUCACCCCAUCAGAAGAAAUCUCCAAGAAAUACUGGAUCUUCAACUCCAAAAAGUGGAAAAUUUGUAAAGAAAAGACCAAAAGACCAUUCUGUUGGGUCUGACAUAAGCAAGACAACAAGAGAUAAAGUAAAGAAACCAAAUAGAAGACAACAAUCUGUUGCAAAUAAAAAUGCUGCUAGAAGUCCUAAUAUCAAGAAUAAAAGCAAGACUUCGAGAAUAUCUUACAAAGAAGCAACUCCAUUUGAAUACAGUAAAGAUAUUCCAAGUUCAAAGAAAGUAAACAAGAGAACACCCAGCAGGUCUUCAAGAGAGAUUAGUCCUCAUAUGAGAUUCAUGAGUCCUACACAAAGCUCAAGGCAUAAGAGAAGUAACCAGAAGAAGCUCCAAGAUAAAAAUAAGCCUAAAUAAAUAUUAUACAGUUGAAGACCUUAGCAAGGGAGUCAAAGAUACAAAGAAUGAAUUAUCAAAGAAAUUUGAACUAGAUAAAAUAGAUCAAGAAAAAGAAGUCGCAUCAUAUGUUGAAAAUGCUACGGAGGAUCCAAAUACUAUUCAGACUGUCAGGCAUCACCUUGAGGAACAAUAUGCUCCAGGGAUUGAUUUUAAAAGCAAUAAGACCCACAGUAUCAAAGGAUCUUUUAAAAGUGCACAAAAUCAAGACGACUCACAUGAAAGAUCUUUAAGAGGAAAUAUAAAUACACCAGUCUUUCAAGAUCCAGCCUCAAAAUUAUCUACAAUCGAAAAGUGUGAAAAUGUUGAUCAAAUGAAUGACAGUGAACUCAAAAGAGAACUAGACGAUAACAUGGAGCUAAAUAUUUCAGGAGCAAGCUCAUCUAAGAAAAAGACAAUACCUAAAUCGAAAAUUGAGAACAAGUCUAAAAACAAAGAGGCUAAUGUAAACCCAAAGAAAAUCAAUAGAAUCAAUAAAGAAAUUGAAAUAAAAAAAUCUAAAGAAAUUAAGGCUCAGAAAUCUCCUAUCAAAUCAAGUCGACAGAUGCUAACGCCUGAAUCACAGAAAUCUCAAGAGGAAUCUCCUUUAAAGGAAGAAAGUUCUAAAGGUCAUCAUGAAAUAGUCUCACUACUUAGUAAUCCAAAUAUUCUGUUCAACGAUGCUAGCUCCAUAAAGUAUAGCAUAGACAAUCAAAAUAUGUCGAACUUCUCCCUGCCAUCUCUUGCUGGAGAAGGUGGAAAAGCUAGAUUCGAUUCCUUAGAUGGAAUAUGCUAUGAUCUAAUCUGAGCAUUUGUUGGGGAUAAAUUCCCCACAUUCAUAUUUGUAAACAAGAAAGUAUGCACAACUUUCCUAGAUUUUCAACUUGAAAUCAAUGACGAAGUGCUAAAUGCUCUAAAUGAGAGAGUUGAGAUGUCAGCAUCCUAUUCACUACAAUCUUUAUCUAAUGCAGAGGUGACUUCUCCUAGAGAGACUAUGAAGAAGCUUAAGAAAAAGAAAGCUAUUUUCUCCUUAACAGAUACCUGCCAUGAAAAAUUCUGCGAGUCUAUUCAGACAGAUAUAACUCCUCUAAUGGAGAGUCUUUCAAAUUAUUCUUUGAAGAAAUAAGGAUAUUGUCAUCAUGAAGCUGUACUUUAGCUUCAUGGCAAAGAAAUACAGUGGUAGACAUGAUAACUUAUUCAUGAGACAAACACAUAGAUUCCUGUAUGAAAAUAAAGACGACAUUGAGGAUGCAUUAGAUCCUAUUCUUCAUUUCAAAUUUACUAAUGAUGUUAUAACCCAAGUAAAAAGCUUAUUGGGAGAGUUCUUAAACGAAAGUUUUGUUGAUUCAGAAAUUUCAGAAUUAUCUCUCUUUGAUUCAUUCACUGCUAUCAUCAUUGAAGCUCUUCAGUAUUGAGAUUUGAUCCCAGCAAUUGAUGAAAGCGAAGAAAUUAGAGAGACCAAACAGCAAAUAGAGUUAAUUCAAAAUAUGAAAAAGCAUUUGAGCAAAUUGAAAGGCAUAAUUUAGUAAUUUUAUUUCAAUUUACAAA